ACAAUUGGGGCUCUUGCUUGGCCGGCGUGCGCGCUGCUUGCAGCUUCUCGGUUUCACACGUGUGCUGCUGUUGGUGUUCCCGUCCCUAAUUCAUUCCACUUGGCGUGGACUAGCUCCAUUGAAGGACAGUGUGCCAGCGGAGGCCAGGGGUCGUGAGCUGAUGGAUUUUGCUGCUGAGAAUGAAGGGACGUCGGGAGGCGGUCUCCAAAGGGUAGCUGAGGGGGCGCGGCGAAGUCCGGAGUUGGGGAGGGAGGAGGCCAGCGGUGGAGAGGCGAGGGAUGGACUGAUAGGAAUGGGGAAGACAGGGGAUGGAGAGGAGGGAAGUGGACAAAGGGCAGAGGACAUGCGUGUGGACCUAACAGCUGUGAAGCAAGAAGUUAUGGACUGGUCGGAAGUGGAAGAAGGUAUGUUGGAUGGCCAGUGGAUAAAGCAGGAGGUGGAGGAUGGGCCUGAGGUAAAGGAGGAGAAAUCAGGCACAUUGGAGGUGAAGCAGGAGAUGGAUAGUAGUUUGGUGGUAAAAGAAGAGAAGGCAGAUGAACCAGAGGUAAAGGAAGAGAAAGUGAAGGUGAAGGAAGAGGUAAUGGACUGGCUGGAAGUGAAGGAAGAGAAGAAGGGUAUCUUGGAGAUAAAACAGGAGGAGGCAUUUAUUGUUCGGAACAUAAAAGAGGAAAUGAUGGACGAAGCGUGUGUAAAAGAAGAGAAGUAUUUCCCGAAGAAGGAAGUGAUGGAUGAUACAAACGUGAAAGAAGAGCCUCAGGUGAAUCCCCCAGUGGGCUCCAAGCGGAAACUGGCCAUGUCAAGAUGUGAAACUUGUGGUACAGAAGAAGCAAAGUACAGAUGUCCACGUUGUCUGCGAUACUCCUGCAGUUUGUCCUGUGUAAAGAAACACAAAGCAGAAAUGACAUGCAAUGGAGUUCGAGAUAAAACUGCAUAUGUUUCAAUACAACAGUUUACUGAAAUGAAUCUUCUAAGUGAUUAUCGAUUUUUGGAAGAUGUAGCAAGGACAGCUGACCAUAUUUCUAGAGAUGCUUUCUUGAAAAGACCAAUGAGCAAUAAACAUAUGUACUUUAUGAAAAAUCGUGCCAGAAAGCAAGGUAUUAACUUAAAACUUCUACCCAAUGGAUUCACCAAGAGGAAAGAAAAUUCAACGUUUUUUGAUAAGAAAAAACAACAGUUUUGUUGGCAUGUGAAGCUCCAGUUUCCUCAGAGUCAAGCUGUGUACAUAGAGAAGAGAGUACCAGAUGAUAAAACUAUUAAUGAAAUCCUAAGACCUUACAUUGAUCCUGAAAAGUCUGAUCCUGUAAUUCGUCAAAGGUUGAAAGCCUACAUUCGCUCUCAGACUGGGGUCCAAAUUUUAAUGAAGGUGGAAUAUAUGCAACAAAAUUUAGUAAGCUAUUAUGAACUGGAUCCUUACAAAAGCCUCCUUGACAAUUUGAGGAACAAAGUGAUCAUUGAGUACCCAACAUUACAUGUGGUAUUAAAAGAAUCCAGUAAAGACAUGAAAAUUCUUCACCAAGUGAAAAGUGAAUCUACCAAGAACACUGGCAGUGAAAAUUGAGCACUUCUGGAGGAAGAAGGUGAAAAUUCGCAGACAAAUGCUGAGAACUGUACAUUGACUAGAUGUUGGGUGAUUGGGGUAUUGUCAGUGGGUGGUUGGCAUUUUUUGUUUCUCUGAAAAGUAAUUAAACAAUCUAAAAUUUUUUUGAGAAAGGUGUUGAAUUGACUUGUAAGGCCCUUAUUCCUAUUAACAGCCCCUUUUUUGCAGCUGAUCGGCAUAGUGCUUAUUUUAAUUAGGCCCUGGCUUUUAAUGUGCUUUAAUUCUAUAGGCUGAAAACUUAGUUUGAUGUAAGACCAAACCCAGGGAUCACCUGUGUUAGCCACCAAGUUGGCAUUCUCUUUAAACAUAAAGGCCAUGCGAUACACCAUCUAGCCACAGGAGAACUGAUCCAUCAGUUGCCCAUUCUUGCCUUUGGGAUUAUAUGUAACCUAUCCUCUUGGGAUGACUGAAUGGGUCUUUUGUACUUGGGUAGCAUCCAGUACGGUAUCGUGUAAAGGCUGAAUAAAUACUGUUAACUAUUAUUUCUUAUAUUCAGUUCAGAAGAUCAGCACCUCCACAUUACUGUUUGAACCAUCAGUGCUCAUGAAUUUGGCUCUACUUAUUCACACAGUGAGCUGGGUCUUGUAAUGAAGUCUGUGCCUUUCAUCCCAGUCCCACUCCACUCUUGUCGUUACCACACAGGGAUGUUGUGAUGAGCAGUUUUAUGCUGUGUUUUGAAACAUCUAGCAGUAGCUUAAAAAAAAAACACUUGGAACUCUGCAAAGUGUUAUUGGAAUGUAUAUGUGUAUUUAUGUAUUUACAUGGCUUAAUUUAUACCUUAUGGCAGCUCUGUAUACAUUAUGAUCUCACAUAUUGAAAUUAAAAGUUUCCUAGCUUUAAUGGAAUUUAUACAGUUGUGAAAUUGCAAUAACUAUAAAAGAAUAAAAGAUUAUUACAUCUGU